AGCGGCCGCCGGGGCCCUUUUCACAUGUCACGCCACACUCGCGGCCAUCUCCCUCAUUCCAACCUGCAACUUUUUCCUCCUUAGCCUCCUUUCUGCCUGCUCUGGCGCAGCUUAUCUACUCCUCCUUCUGCUCCUAAUCCCCUCGCAGACAAAAUAUGCCCUGCGCCCCCUGCCAAUUCUGCCCGCCCUGUCGAUUUUGACCUCCUUUCGCCGUCUCCCUCCCGCACAAUGGCCACCGCCGUCGCCAAUGGCCAUGCCACCCCCUCCGCCGAUGCGGCCAAACAACGCCGGCUGAUCCACCACCAUGCCGAUGUCGUGAUUGUGGGCGCCGGUAUUCUGGGAUGCGCACUGGCCGUGACACUUGGAAAACAGGGGCGCAGCGUUCUGCUGCUGGAGAAUUCCAUGAAGGAGCCUGACCGCAUCGUCGGAGAGCUGUUGCAACCUGGCGGCGUCGAGGCCCUCGAGAAGCUGGGCCUUGCUGGUUGUCUGGAAGACAUUGACGCAAUCCCAGUUACUGGCUACUACGUGUCCUACUUUGGCAAGCCGGUGUCGUUCGCGUAUCCCAAGUCGUCGCCGUCGUCGCCGCCUCCGCAAGGCCGUUGCUUCCACCAUGGCCGGUUUGUCAUGAAACUGCGCGCGGCCGCGCUGGCGUGUCCCAACGUGACGGUCGUGGAGACCAAGGCUACGGAAUUGGUCACUUGCUCUCACACCAAGCAGGUUCUUGGAGUCGAGUGUGUGACCAAGGACAUGAAGGAUUGCUACUUUGGCCAUCUCACGGUGGUGGCCGACGGCUAUGCCUCGAAAUUCCGCAAACAAUACCACUCCAACACCCCCAAGGUCCGGUCCAGGUUCUGGGGCUUGGAAUUGAUCGAUGCCGACCUUCCCAAGCCUUACCACGGCCAUGUCCUUCUGAGCGACAAUGCCCCUAUUCUCGUGUACCAAAUUGGCACCCAUGAAACCCGCAUCCUUAUCGACAUCCCGGAGAACCUCCCGUCGGCAUCCGUUAAGAAUGGCGGCGUCAAGGGCCACCUUCGCAAUGUCGUCCUACCUUCUCUUCCCAAGUCAAUUCAGCCUUCCUUCAUUGCUGCGUUAGAAAAGGGCCAGCUGCGUUCUAUGCCCAAUUCAUAUCUCCCCAGCGCACAAAACAAGACCCCAGGUCUAGUCAUCUUGGGCGAUGCUCUCAACAUGCGGCACCCCCUAACCGGAGGAGGAAUGACUGUCGCUUUCAACGAUGUCGUGGUUCUGCGUGACCUGCUGAGUCCGGAGAAGGUCCCCAGCUUUGCGGAUCACCGAAAAGUCCUACAGCAGCUGUCUUCGUUCCACUGGCAACGGAAGAAGGGAUCCUCUGUCAUCAACAUCUUAGCCCAGGCCCUGUAUGCCCUGUUCGCUGCCAAUGAUGAGAACCUCCGUGCUCUCCAACGAGGCUGCUUCCGCUACUUCGAACUAGGAAUGACCAGCGGUCCCGUAGGUCUCCUGGGCGGUCUGAUCAAGAAGCCCGCCGUCCUAUUCUGGCACUUCUUCAGUGUCGCCUUUCUUUCCCUCUGGCUCGUCAUCACCAAUUCCCCCAUAUACAAGUUCCCCCUGGCUCUGUUCCACUGCAUCAUGGUGUUCUGGACAGCAUGCGUCGUGAUCUUCCCUUACAUGCUGAUAGAAGCAUUUUGCUAAACCAGCAAAUCCCUCGACUACAUCCUCCCAGCAUGUCAUCCAGCCAUCCACCCUGCCAUCCAUCCAUCCCCCUCCUCAUCCCUCUUAUCACUUAAUGGACCCAAGAUGGGGUCGAGUCGUUUCAUGAGAUGCAUGUUUGUGCUUCAUUCACGGAGAGCCAUGACCCGUACAUACAUACAUUACUGUUCCACUUUCUCGUCACAUAUUUUUUAAUUGCCUUUUUUUCUUUCUUAUGCUGUACUAUUAGGACUUUCCCAACCUUUUUCUUGCAAAACUUUUAUAUACUACUUUUCUUUCUCUCUGUAGUCUCUAGCUCGAAAUGCAUGACCUCGUCACAUUUCGAGACACUUCAAUAAACUGUAUAUGUAUGUCGUUAAAUCAAGCGAAUUGCAUGCUUGACCCAGACAACCAGACUUCCCCCAAGAAAAUAGU